UAAUUCCCUCUUCGUUGCCCUUUUCAGCCCAAAUCCAAAGCCCAAACUGCCCUUCUCUCUCUCUCUCUCUCUCUCCCCCCUUCUCUCCCUCUCGAAGCUUUCCGAAAUAUCUUCCAACAGUCUUCUCCCUCCCCCACUCUCUCCUCAAUUCUCUCUGACUUUUUUCAUUAAAUUUGAAACCAAAGGCCCUAAAAUUGUGUGAUUGAUCAACUGAAGUUGUUGAUAUGGGCGAAGAAGUGAGAAUCACCGACAAUGGAGGCGAGGACGGUGGCGGAGACGAGGACCGAGUGGCAGAGUGGGAGGUGGGUCUUCCUACCGCCGAUGAUCUAACGCCUUUAUCUCAGACGUUGAUUCCGCCUCAGCUGGCCUCGGCGUUUAGUAUUUCACCGGAGCCCCGCCGGAGCGUGCUCGAAGUCAAUCGAGCCUCGCAGAACACUCUGUCUAGAAUUCGGGGACAAUCUCAAGCUUUAUCUUCAUCGAACAGCUUCAAUUUCAAGUCUUUCGACGAAAACAAAGGCAUAGACCCGAUGGUUGUGGAAGGAGACGAGACGGAUCUGAGUCGAGAAGGUUCGGAUUUGAGAAAAUUUCGUAAAAUCGAAGGCGGUGUAGGGGCAGAAGAAGCCGACUCGGCUUUACGGACGGAGAACUGCACCGAUGACCCAUCGGCGAGAACUCUAAAGCGACCUCGUUUGGUUUGGACUCCGCAGCUACACAAAAGGUUUGUCGACGUGGUGGCUCAUUUAGGAAUAAAAACCGCGGUGCCGAAAACGAUUAUGCAGUUGAUGAACGUAGAGGGAUUGACUCGCGAGAACGUUGCUAGUCAUUUGCAGAAGUAUAGGCUAUACCUGAAAAGGAUGCAGGGGCCGUCGUCAUCGGAUCAUUUGUUGGCGUCCACGCCGGUGCCGCAGAGCUUAAAUGAAUCCGGUGGGAGUGAGCAUGGACAACAUAACAGUAAUAGCAAUGGUAAUGGGCAUAUGGGGAUGCCGAUUCCGAUGCCGUAUCCACCGCAGAUGAUGCCUAUGCCUAUGCCUCUGCUUGGGAUGAGUCAUCAAGGUCACGGGCAUAUGGGAAUGCCCAUGGCGAAUCUGGGUGCGCCUGGGGGUUUCGAGUCGCAUCAUAAUCCGUAUAAUAUGUUGCAGCAGAGGGAUUGGUCUGGCAAUAAUUUUGGGUUUGUUCCGUCGCUUCACCGAGUUACUCAUGAUGAUCAAUGAUUGUCGGAGAUAGGUUGAUAGCGAACAGAGAGCUUGUUUGAUAAUUCUGGAUCUGCCAGACAUGGGAGAAGUUUUAAAGAAAUCGUUGGAGACACUUUGAUGUGUAUAUCAGUACGAUUUGGGAUUAGUUAAGAAAGAGACAAAGAUGAAACUUCUUUCUGUUCCAGAUUUUUCCGGGGAUGCAUUCAAGUGGAAGGAAGUUUAUGUUGAAAGAAUUCAGGCCUGUCAACUGCAAGUUGUUAACAACAAAGCAAGUUUUGCAUAAG